AUGUCACGUAGGAUCUGCGACACAUCUCUGACAAAAUACGAUAUCGUCAAGGACGUGCUCAAAUCUCGAAAUUAUGUUCAGUGUAAACCUGGUGCCGUUGACGCAAACUGGACUUUGCAGUGGAUUGAUACGAAUGUAUCUGUGGAGAGGAUACUUGAUAUGACUGUUGGUCAAAAGAUUAAUCAUUUUCCUGGAAUGGAGUCCAUUUGUAGAAAAUCACGUCUCGCACGCAACCUCGCACGAAUGCACCGCCUCUUCCCCGAUGACUACUCCUUCACCCCACGCACAUACCGCGUCCCAUCAGAUCUCGCAUCUCUAACACUCGCAAUCAAAUCCAACACCACCAAAACCUUCAUCGCCAAACCAGACGCAGGAUGCCAGGGUAAAGGAAUCCAACUCUUUUCAGACGAAGAAGGAUUCAAACUCGCUAUGGAACGUGCCAGUAGUUUCGUGUCGGCCAACAUAUCAUUGGAUGUGCCAGUGCCAAGAGGCCCUAUACUCCCGAGUGAGGUUGUCGUGCAAGAGUAUAUUGCCAAACCGUGUUUGCUCGAUGGCCACAAAUUCGAUCUGAGGGUGUAUGCGCUCGUGCUGAGUGUGAAUCCGUUGCUGAUAUAUGUGCAUAAGGAUGGGCUUGCCAGGCUGGCAGCCAAGAAAUACGUGCAGCCAUCAAAGGAGAAUUUCAGUCACGUCACGAUGCACUUGACGAAUUACGCAGUGAAUAAAGACGACCCGACCUUUGUCGCCGCCUCAAAAGACGAGCUGGAAGGUGGCAAGAGGUCCAUGUCGUCCGUCCUGGACUGGAUACGCGAGCAAGAUACAGACGCCAGCAGAGACGUAUGGUCCCAAAUCAAGAGUGUCAUCGUCAAGACAAUCGUAAUCGCUCAACCUGCACUUGAAAAAACUAUCGCAGCAUGUCGCCAACGAAUGGAAACAUCCACAAAACAACACUCCUCCUCCCCAUGUUUUGAAAUCCUCGGCUUUGAUAUAAUGCUAGACUCGAAACUCAAACCCUGGGUGCUUGAAGUAAACCACUCGCCAUCAUUCACGUGUGAUUCGGAACUGGACACGAGAGUUAAAUCUGCUGUUAUUGGAGACACGCUUGAUUUGCUGGACGUGCCGCUGCUUCGUCAUGAUUCUGGAACGGAUUUAUCAGCAUCGUCGCCGAGUGCUUCUGGCUGGGAGGUCGCAUAUCCAUCACACGAUAAAGGAGUUUACGAUACGUUUAUAUCUGCUGCGUCGAGUAUACUGGGUAGUGAUACGGAGCUGACAAAGUCAAGGAAGGCUUUUCGAGAGGCCAAGGAAAUAGAACGGGUUGAGCAGGAAACAAAAGCUGCUCUCAUACGGGAACGUGCGAAACUGUUAAGGGCAAGCUGUACAUUGGGUGUUGCUCCAGCUAGGCUAGUCCCACUAGCACCUGUAGUUAUUGUGAGAGAACCGCCUGUAAGGCAGGCUAGAGUUGCAAUGAAGAUGGCUUCGAUUGAUUUGGGUGAUGCGUUCAAGUUUUGCUAA